AUGCCAAUGUAUGUUCCAGUAAAAGACAUUGGCCCGCUUGAUAGGGAGAAAGCAAUAAGAGUAAAGUGUGUUAGAUGCUACGAAAUAGCCGAGAACAGAGGGUCCACCGAGAUCAAGAGUCGAGAAGUUUUGGUCUGUGAUAAAGAGGGUACUUUCAUACAUUUGAAUAUGCAAAACAGUGAUGUCCAGAAAUAUAAGAAUGUGUUCAUAGAAGGGAAGCUCUAUUCUACUCAAGUAAAGGCCAUCAAAUCGAAAGGUUUUCCUAAUAAGAUGUUUCAGCUCAAAAACUAUGACUCUUUGAAAGACCCUACUCAAGUGAAUGACAAGGUGUUGUUUGAUUUAAUAGGCAGAGUUGUCGAGAUCCAUGCUCCUGUGGACAAAAUAAUAGGAGGCAGACCAGCAAAACUUCUUGAUUUCAAAAUGGCGGAUAAUCAAAUUGCCUAUAGGGGAAAUACAUUACCGUGCACUGUUUGGGACAGUCAUGUUGCUUCUAUGGUGAAAUCAGAUACUAGCUGCUAUAAUGCUACCCAACUUCAUUUGAAUGGACCUUAUCAGGAAUUUGUUGAUUUUAAAUCUCAGUUAAGUGCAUCACACAGCCCUUUACGCAGUAUCAGCACUGCCACUGUGCUUUCUCAAUCCCAAGGAAUUGAUGACUUCAACAGUGGUGCUUUGACUGUAACUCCUGUUGCUGAUCUGUUGAAAAAGAAACAGAAUGGGGAAUUCUAUGUUCCUGCUGAAAUAGUGGGAAUUGAAGGGUCAUUUGGAUGGAUGUACAUCUCAUGCAUGUCACCAGGAUGUAACAGAAAACUGUCUGGCCAAGUAGGUGAUUUCAGUUGUACACACUGUAAUAAGAAGUAUCAAGAAGGCAUGGCAAGGUAUAGAGUGAAAGUGAUUGUUCUUGAUAAAGGUCAAAAAGAUGCUCCCUUCCUUUUGUGGGAUAGGGAGUGUUCUGAAUUAGUUGGUAUCCCAGCACACAGUUUGUACCUCAAGUAUAAUAAGGUUUCAGACAUUCCAGCAGAAUUGGAAUUCUUAGUUGGUAUGCGAAUGAUAUUUAAGAUAUCAUUAAAGAUGGAGUUCAUGAAGGGAGCUAAUUCAGCCUACACUGUGAUGAGAGUACUAAGGGAUGAAGUACCAAAGAAGGACUUGAUGACAAAAAUGAUAGAUGAGGACGAGGAAGAAGAUGAGGAAUCUGAUCAGGAGGCUUCAAAUGGAGAGAAUGAGGUCAACAGCCCCUUGAGUAUACAACACUCUCAAAGUGUAGACCUUGAGACUGAUGAUUCUAAUGGUGUGAAGAGAUCGCUUCUGGAUCAAUUUUCCUCCUCUAGGAAGAAGGGGAAAAAUGUUGUUAAAAAGGAAAAAGUUUAA